GGGUGCUCUUUCUUUACGCUGUGCGCGCUUCGACCGGCUCAUCUGAUGAAAUUGGGAGACGACAAAUAACAGCAGAAAAGACCAAAUACAGGAGGAAGAGGAGGAGAUAGUGGAGGAAGAGGAGGAAUCCAUGCAUGGGAUGAAGACAGAAGUCAAGGAGAAAACUUUAAGGAAAGUUUGGAAACUUUGGAUUCUUGGAGUGUCUGUGUUGCUCUCUCCGUGGCAGAGCUGUUGAAGAGGACGGUGCAUCUCCAUCCUUCACCUCAGACCUGUGGUCCAGCUCCACCAGGGGGCACAUAGCCCUGAAUGGACCUCUGAGGCAGAUGAACUCAGGGACACAUUCAUCAGCGAGUGUUUUUGCAUCACAUGAUAAGAUCCUCUCUGCACCGCUGAAACAGCACCAGAACCGUCAUGGCAGAAAAAGAGCAGUCGAGCUUGUCCUCCAGCACUCCAACUGCGCACAAGAGUAGGAGAACCGGAGGAGCGGCGUUCACAUGCUCUCCAAAAGCUCAACACAACGGCAGCCCUGGCCUGGGGGACUCCAGCAGCAAACCUGAAGCAUCCGCCUCCCCCCUCAGAGCUUUUGCAGGGCUCAUGUUUCCAGCAGCAACUUCUAGUUCUGAGGGCCGGUCGGGCUCCAGCAGACCCCGGGGUCAGAGCCUUGGAUCAGCACCCAACUCACGAAACAAAUCCUCCACCUUCAAGAGAAAGCUGAGGAGCAGCCAGCAGGGGGAGACAGAGGCCCUGUUGGACCUGAUCCUGGAGUCCCAGUGCCAAAGACUGGACGACCAGAGAGCCAGCCUCAGCCUUCUGCCUGACCAGGAUGCAGCCUCGCUGUGUGGGGCCUGCAGCAGCGACCAGGCUCUGGACUUCUACUGCAUGCUCAUCCACUACCAGUCUGACAGGAUGGAGGAUCAGAGGUGCUCCCUUCCAGACCUGGAUGAAAUGAUGGUUCCGGUUCCAGAGGGUCAGGAGGACUUCUUUUGUCUGCUCCAGAGAGUUCAGUCCAAGAGGAUAGACGAGCAGAGAGCCUCUAUGCUACUAAGACAUGCAGAAGACCAGGAUGAGGAGUAAGAGGAGAAGGUCCCUCCCUCCACUUAAAACCAGCGUCUUUUCUGCAGAUGGGAUGUUUGUGAACAGCUUUUAAACUACAUUUGACGCAAAGGAUACAGAGUGACAGGUCAGAGUCUAACAGAGACUGUAUCGUUCAGCACAGCGUGCACCCUAACCCUCAUUCACCUUCUUGUUUUUAUGAUUGUCCUCUUGGAUUCUGGACGUUGUCAGUGAUCAGUUUAUUUUACAGACACAACAUGUAGAGCUAACUUUAUCAUUUAAAAAAAGAAACGACUUCCUACACCCUU